UCCUAUAAUGAAUGUGCCCAGAGGAUAUAAGGGAGGGGGUAAGUAAAAUUCUCAAAAUGAAUACAUUACAGUGAAAUUUACAGUAGUAAAGCUAAAAAGAACAUUUACAAAGGAAUAAGAAUUAAAUUGACAUCAGAUUUUAAAAUGGUGUUCAAGAGGAUAAUGGACUAUUACUUUAAAAGAAAAGAACUUCAGCCUAGAAUGUUACAUUCAGACAAGUCAUCAAAUACUAGAACAGAAAAAUGUUUCCAUGAAUGUGGGGCCUCAAUAUUUACCAUACAAAGACUCACAUUGGAACCAUUCUUGAUGGAAGUCCUCAUGAAAAGAACAAACCUAGGAGACACUAAAAAAUACAGAAUUGAGUUCUCAAGGGUCUACGGCCCCGUGUUCACCAUGUAUUUUGGCAUGAAGCCAUCUGUGGUGCUGCAUGGAUAUGAAGCUGUGAGGGAAGCCUUGAUUGACCUUGGGGAGGAGUUUGCUGGAAGAGGCAGUUUCUCAGUACCUGAAAAAGUUAAUAAAGGCUUGGGUGCACCCUGUGAGCCGACCUUUAUUCUGGGCUGUGCUCCCUGCAAUAUGAUCUGCUCCAUUAUUUUCCAGAGAUGUUUUGAUUAUAAGGAUCAGAAUUUUCUUAACUUGAUGGAAAAACUCAAUGAAAAUCUCAGACUUUUGAGCUCCCCAUGGAUUCAGGUCUGCAAUACUUUUCCUUUUAUCAUUGAUUAUCUCCCCGGGAUCCAUAAGAAAAUACUUAAAAAUUUUGAUUAUGUAAAAAGUUAUGUUUUGGAAAGAGUAAAAGAACACCAAGAAUCCCUGGACAUCAACAAUCCUCGGGACUUCAUUGAUUGUUUUCUGAUCAAAAUGGAACAGGAAAAGCACAAUCAACAGUCUGAGUUUACUACUGAAAGCUUGAUAGCUACUGUAACUGAUAUGUUUGGAGCUGGAACAGAGACGACAAGUACCACCCUGAGAUAUGGACUCCUGCUUCUGCUGAAGCACACAGAGGUCACAGAUAUGCCCACAGAUGACCAGGAGGUAAAUUUCAGAGCUGGGAACACUGGAGGUUUCUUCCGUCUUGGGUCUCUUAGAGAAGCAAAGCUCCUUUGUUGAAAUUUCUGCCUCACUAGUUGUUAUGGGUAGAAAUGUGAUGAAAGGACAAAAAGGAACAAAAUUUUUCACAAAAUGGGAGAGCAAC